AAGAGAAAGAAGGAGUGAGAAGGAUAGAUGGUGCGCGUAUGAGGAAAGGAGACAAGGGAGGGGAAGAGAGAGAAAGAGAGAGAGAGAGAGAGAGAGAAAGAGAGACUCUGGUUGACUGACGUUCCGCGCAUAUCGGUAAGGCCGAAUCCCAAUCCCAAGAACCCCAGUUUCCCGUAAGCCGUACUCGGACGUUCGUCUCUUUCUCUCAUCUCGUAACGUUCGCGCGCGUCUUCGUCCUCGUCGUCGUCGUCGCCGUCGCCGUCGCCGCCGCCGCCGUCGUCGUCGUCGUCGUCGUCGCCGCAGCCGUCGCCGCCGCCUUUGCCAUCGUUGCCACCACCAUCACCGCCACCGUCGCCACCGCCGUCGUCGUCGUCGUCGUCACCGUCACCGUCACCGUCGCCGUCUUUACCGCUGUCGCCGUCAUUGCCGCCGUUGCCGCCGCGUUGUGUCGUGUCGUGUCGUGUCGCGUCCUCCUAUACCAAUUAUUUUCUCUCCUUCCUUUCUCCCUACUACAACCCUGCCCGCCCGUCCAUAUCCAUCCGUGUCACUCGCGCCACACACUGCAAAGGAGAGAUAUACUUUGAGAGGAAAAACAGAUUGUAAGAGAGAGAAAGAGAAAGAGAGAGGGAGUGAUAGUUAAAGAGAGAUAGAGAGGUAGAGGUAGUGAUAGACAGAAAGAGAGAGAAUAUAGAGUCGCGCGGUAUACGCGCUCGUGUCGUCAUAACACCGUGCGUUCCGUUCUGAAAAAUCUUUUUCUCGGCCUCGAGCCCGGUGGCUAAACGAUGGCGUUCAACGGGGACGGACCACACUCGAAGAGGCAACGACUCGAAGAAUCUGGACACAGGGAAAACAGGACGCGCUGAUAAAGUAUUUCCGAGUUAUGUGUCUCGGAAAAUCUGACGAUUUCUGUUGAUUAUCGCAAAUUUGAAAGUUUCACAAAAAUCCCGUGAUGGCCUUCUCUUCGUAUACCGGUUCGGAUCAAUACUUUCGUCAACCACUUGACAAAAGAAAAGCCCGUGGAGAAAGGAAUGCCUUCUCGAAUCACGAGUACGGUGGAUACGGAGACGAGCCACGGCGAAAGAGAGAAGAUAACAAUAAGCCGAAUCACGUUCUCCUAUUUACAAUCAUCAAUCCAGUAUAUCCCAUCACUGUGGAAGUUCUACACGCCAUCAGUGCGCCCAGCGGGCAAGUUCAACGCAUCGUUAUCUUCAAGAAGAACGGCGUUCAAGCCAUGGUGGAGUUCGACUCGGUAGAAUCAGCCACAAGAGCAAAAGAAACGCUUCACGGGGCGGACAUAUAUUCUGGCUGUUGCACCUUAAAAAUUGACUUUGCUAAGGUAAGUCUUUUUAUAUGAAAAAUUAUUUAAUAU